CAACAAGCCCAGAAGGAUAUCACAGGCCAGUCAGCUUUCUUUUGAAGGAGCUUCAGCUUUCAGUCCAAGACCCACUGAUAUGAGUAAUGUGACAUUGUCCAGAGACUUGCAGUCAAUGGCAGAGCUGCUUGCAGAGAAUUAUCAUAAUAUCUGGGCCAGGAAAAAGAAAGUGGAGCUGGAAGCCAGAGGUGGAGGAAACCACCCACUGAUGGUUCCUUACGACACAUUGACUGCCAAAGAAAAAUCCAAAGACAGAGAAAAAGCACAAGAUAUCCUUAAGUUCCUCCAAAUCAAUGGUUACAUUGUGUCCAGAGGUGUGCAGUCACAGGAGCUAGACACUCCUGCCAUAGAGAAACGAUUUGCCUACACCUUUCUCCAGCAGAUCAUCACCUAUGUGGACCAGGCACACCAACACAUGAUGGAGUUUGAUGUGGGAACACGACCAAAGGGAGAGAAGAUUCCUCAUGAGCAGCAGAUCAAGUUCUUUGGAAAGGUCGUCCUGCCGUUGGUGGAUCAGUACUUUAAAAACCACAGGCUGUACUUCUUGUCCACGGCCAUCCACCCCAUCAGCAGUGGUGGCCAUGCCUCUAACAAGGAGAAGGAAAUGGUGACCAGUCUUUUCUGCAAACUGGGAGUUCUUGUCAGACAUAGGAUAUCCUUGUUUGGGAACAAUGCCACUUCCAUUGUCAACUGUCUGCAGAUACUGGGACAAAGCCUGGAUGCCAGGACAGUGAUGAAGACGGGCCUGGAGUCAGUGAAGGCGGCUUUACGGUCAUACUUCGACAGCGCAGCGAAGGAUCUGGAGAAGACUCAGGAGAACCUGAAGCUCGGUCAGUUCACUCACAGCAGGGACCAACCACGAGGAGCGACUCAGAUCAUCAACUACACCACCUUCGCCCUGCUCCCCGUCCUCUCCUCACUGUUUGAACACAUCGGACAGAACAUGUUUGGAGAAGACCUCAUUUUGGGUGAUGUCCAGGUUUCCUGCUACAGAAUCCUUAACAGCCUCUUCCUUCUGGGAACCAACAAAAGUAUCUAUGUUGAGAGACAACGUCCAGCAAUGGGAAAGUGUUUAGCAGCCUUCGCAGCAGCAUUCCCUGUUGCCUUUCUUGAGCCUCACAUGAACAAGUUUAACAGCUUUUCCAUCUAUAACAGCAAAGGAAGCAAAGACAGAGCAGCUCUAGGCCUUCCUGGGCAGGUUGGGGAGGUUUGUUCACUGAUCCCCAAUUUGGAGAAGUCUUUGGAGGAGAUUGUAGAGCUAGCAGAGUCCGGCAUGAAGUACACGCAGAUGCCUCAUGUUAUGGAGGUGGUCUUGCCGAUGUUGUGCAGCUACAUGUCUCACUGGUGGGAACAUGGACCGGAAAGCGACCCAGACAAAGCCAACAACUGCUGCACCUCUGUGACCUCUGAAUACAUGAAUACUCUGCUGGGAAACAUUCUCAAGAUCAUCUACAACAACCUGGGAAUAGAUGAGGGCGCCUGGAUGAAGAGGCUGGCUGUCUUCUCCCAGCCAAUUAUCAGCAAAGCCAAACCUCAGCUGUUAAAGACCCACUUCUUGCCCUUGAUGGAGAAACUCAAAAAAAAAGCAGCUGUUGUGCUGAUGGAUGAAGAACAUAGCAAGGCAGAGGGGAGGGGUGAGAUGUCAGAGACAGAGCUCCUCAUCAUGGACCAAUUUACUAUCCUGGUCAGAGACCUGUACGCCUUCUACCCUCUCCUCAUACGAUUCGUUGACUACAACAGGGCCAGAUGGCUUAAAGAGUCCAAUCCAGAGGCAGAGGAGCUGUUCCGAAUGGUGGCUGAGGUUUUUAUCUUCUGGGCCAAGUCUCACAACUUCAAGAGAGAAGAGCAGAACUUUGUGGUCCAGAAUGAAAUUAACAACAUGUCCUUCCUCAUCACUGACACCAAGUGCAAGAUGUCAAAGGGAAUAGUUUCAGACCAGGAGAGGAAGAAGAUGAAGAGAAAAGGUGAUCGAUACUCGAUGCAGACAAGUUUGAUUGUUGCUACUCUAAAGCGCCUGCUGCCCGUGGGACUCAACAUUUGUGCUCCAGGAGAACAAGAGCUUAUCGCACUGGCUAAGAACCGCUUCACUCAGAAAGACACAGAGGACGAAGUUCGAGAGGUCAUCAGGAACAACCUACAUUUACAAGGAAAGUCAGAGGACCCAGCAAUUCGUUGGCAGAUGGCUCUGUACAGAGACCUCCCAAACCACUAUGAGGAUACUACUGACCCAGAGAAGACUGUGGAGAGAAUCCUGGAUAUUGGUCAUGUCCUCUUCCACCUGGAGCAGGUGGAGCAUCCUCAGCACAGUAAGAAGGCUGUGUGGCACAAACUGCUUUCAAAACAGAGGAAGAGAGCUGUGGUCGCUUGCUUCAGGAUGGCACCACUCUAUAACCUGCCAAGGCACCGGGCUGUAAACUUGUUCCUGCAGGGCUACGAAAAGUCCUGGAUCGAGACAGAGGAGCACUACUUUGAAGAUAAACUCAUAGAAGACCUCGCUAAACCAGGUGAACAGGAGCCAUCUGAGGAAGAGGAGGGGCAGAAACACAAACACAUAGAUCCCCUGCAUCAGCUCAUCCAGCUGUUCAGCAGAACAGCCCUAACAGAAAAAUGCUGUUCCAACUUGGACUACCUCCAACCCCCCCCUCCUGCAUAA